AUGAAAGUUUACCAAAUUCCCAAAUCUGAAACAGACGUGAACUCGCUGGACAACGGCAACUACACCUGCGAGGUCAGAGGAGACAACUACACUUUGCUCGGCUCAACUACACACUACGUCUACAUCAAAUACACACAUAUAUCACGAUUGAGAGUUAGAGCAACUACCGUGAAAACCAUCCUACUGGUGUACAACAACGAGCUGAGAAGCAACCAAUCGAACAUGAAGGUGCACGAGGGCCAGCCGGUGGCCAUCAAGUGCAUCUCAUUUGGUGGCUACCCCGAAACCUACCUGCAGAUCAUCAUUGGCAAACGUGACGUCACAAGUUUUUUUCAUCUCAAAUCGAGCGUCUCAUUACUGGGCAGUGUUGGACUGCGUCAGAUCAUGCGGAAGGACGAGAGGUGGACUCGAGAUUUCGUGUGA